AACGUCGGGACGGCGAAGCACUUCGAGUACAUGUUCUACGUCGAUUUCGAGGCGUCCAUGGCUGAAACUAGGGCACAAAACGCACUAGCAGAAGUCCAGGAAUUCACAUCCUUCUUGCGAGUUUUGGGCAGCUAUCCAAUGGACAUGACUCCUUGGUCCCCCUCCGGCGCCAAUUCCGAUUAGCCGAAUCAUAUUCCGUCGAUUAUUAUCUCUUUAAUCAAAUUUCAAUUUUCAAGUUUGCACGUAGAAGAACGGCCGGGGAGAAGAAACCGAUCCCCAAAAUCAGCCUCCUGUUAUGUUUUCCUUUUUUUAUUUUUUUCGCUUUCGAAGCGAGCCAUCUUAGAGAUGGUCAAAACGACGUCGUCAUGGUGGUGGUAGUGUUAGGUAGGGCAAGCGGCGACGGUGGUGGCGGGGAGGUUGGUGAAUUGUAACAAGUCUAUAUAAUAUUAUAUCUAAUGUAUGUAUACUUUUUGUAUUUGAUUGAGUAGAGUUGGGAAUGUUUGUAUAGAAAAAUGUGAAAAACGUGAAUAACGGUUGGAAUGAAUAGCUUCCCUGAAUUGAGUGGCUGUUUCCUAGA